CACAAAUGAAAGCCAAUCAACACACGCUAUCACCACCACAUCUGUACCAUUGAAUUAUAUUAUCUUUCCACAUUUCACAUACACACUCUCUCUACUCUUGGAUCACAUAGGCAACAGAAAGUUUCACUAUUGUCAUUGGAUUCCAUGGAGACCAAAGAGAGUAAGAGUAUCCCUCUCCUCACAUCCUAUAAGAUGGGACCUUUCAAUCUUUCUCACAGGGUUGUUGUAGCGCCAAUGACGAGACAAAGAGCGUAUGGUUACAUCGCUCAGCCUCAGGCGAAGUUAUAUUACACUCAAAGAACAACACCUGGUGGUUUUCUUAUUUCUGAAUCUUGUGCAGUGUCCCACACAACAAAGGGCUAUCCGGAUAUACCUGGAAUAUGGACCAGAGAGCAAGUGGAAGCAUGGAAGCCCAUCGUGGAUGCGGUUCAUGCCAAAGGUGGCAUCUUCUUCUGCCAGAUUUGGCACGGUGGCAGGGUCUUUAAUCAAGACCAGCCAAAUGGGGAAGCUCCUGUCUCCUCUACAGACAAGCCAUUGACGUGUAAUAACAUCUAUGGAGGGCAGUUUACCCCUCCAAGACGGUUAAGGACCGAGGAGAUCCCUGCCAUUGUCAACGACUUUAGAGUUGCUGCAAGAAAUGCAAUGGAAGCUGGCUUUGAUGGGGUGGAGGUUCACGGUGCACAUGGUUACCUCAUCGACCAGUUUCUAAAAGACAAAGUAAAUGACAGAAGUGACCAGUACGGUGGGUCACUAGAGAACCGCUGUAGAUUCGCUGUGGAAGUAGUCAAAGCAGUGGUGAAAGAGAUUGGUUCAGAUCGCGUGGGAAUCAGACUGUCCCCAUUUGCAGAUUACAUGGAGUCUGGAGACUCCAACCCAGAGGCAUUAGGACUCUACAUGGUGCAAGAAAUGAACAAGCAUGGGAUCCUUUACUGUCACAUGGUUGAACCUAGAAUGAAACUCCUUGAAGAGAUGUCCGAAUGCACUGAGUCGCUUACGCCAAUGAGAAAAGCCUUCAAAGGAACGUUCAUUGUAGCUGGAGGUUACUCUAGAGAAGAUGGGAACAAGGUAGUGGAAGAGGGAGGAGCUGAUCUUGUGGGCUAUGGACGGACGUUCUUGGCAAAUCCUGAUCUGCCAAGGAGAUUCGAACUCGAUGCACCGUUGAACAAGUAUGACAGAUCAACGUUCUAUACUUCUGAUCCUGUCGUGGGUUACACUGACUACCCUUUUCUUGACAACACAGACACAUCUGCUUCAUGUUGAUGCCAUUUACAACUAAUUAAUAAACCUUUUUGAGGUCAAGAGGAUAAAACA